AUGAAUCUAGGCCGAUCCAUACGUAUUAACAAAUGCGGGUUCGUCAUCUUGGGGGUGCUGUUUAUGUGCAUCUUGUACUAUCUGUGGAACAGUAAUGCGAACAAUAGUGCGAGCUACGCUUUCAGCAAGAAUCCAAACGAAAUCAACCUUCGCAAGCUGCUAAUAGGCUCCAUACAGGCCGCACAACACGGCGGCUUUGAGGUGGUGGCAGUUUCCAAGUCUCGUGAUUUGCAUGAGCAGAGUAAGGGCAAAACCAAAGAAGGGGCAAACAACCCGGUAACCGAUGCCGACUAUCGCUCCAAUUGUGUCAUGAAGAACGGCUUGUUGCGGAUAUUCCCAAAGCUGAAAGUCAUAUCCGAGGAAGAUGACGGUGCGCAGCAAUGCGUGGAUGUGCAGCUGUUUGAUCUCGAUCCAACGGUACUGGCGGAAAGCAUCACCGUACCGGAUGAGCGUGUGAAUAUUGACGACGUCGACGUAUGGAUCGAUCCGCUAGAUGCAACGCAAGAAUACACUGAAAAACUUCACGAGUACGUCACCACCAUGGUUUGCGUGGCGGUGAAAGGUGUCGCGACCAUUGGCAUCAUACAUAAUCCAUUCCAGAUGAAAACUACCUGGGCCUGGCGUGACAAGGCGGUCUCCGAGUCACUGAGUAAUCUGAAACACGACGCGGAUGUUAAACACCCUACCAUUAUCGUGUCACGGUCACACGCUGGUGCAGUAAAGGAACAAUCGAAGCAGAUAUUUGGGGAAAAUGCCCAGGUCGUGACGGCUGGGGGUGCUGGCUAUAAAGUGCUGCAGGUUACACAGAAUAAUGCAACGGCAUACCUACACACGACGCACAUAAAGAAAUGGGACAUUUGUGCUGGUGAUGCUAUCCUCGGUGCAAUCGGAGGUAGGAUGACCGAUCUACACGAUCAAACUAUUGUGUAUCAUCGUGAUACUCCUGCACUGAAUCCAAACGGACUUCUUGCCACGGCCAUGGUGUCGACGCACGAGGCAUACAUCAAACGAAUAGUGGAUAGUAAACGCUUUAGUCGAUAAAAGGGCAAUGCUGCACCAACGCACGUAACGUGUAAGAGGAGAAUUGAGUAAUUCGCGUAACGGUCAUUAGCGAGUGUGGCGGGUCCAAAACAGAAGAGAAACAAAGGAUAGAAUGAGGACUAUUUUACAGUUUUCACGUUUGCAUCAGUUCUUACACAUCACUUGAGCGGAAUUUGUAGAUCGUGUUUGCUGGUUCACUAUUAAUGGGCACCACGUUGAAUGUACUGUGCAGGAUUUAAAUGCGAAUAUUUUUAUCAUCAAGUAUUUGAUCUCAUUUCAAUCGAAUACGCUCGAAAGACAAUGUAAAAAUGCCGAAUGUAUUUUUUUAUGUUUCACCAUUGUAAGGAAAUGUACUACUAAACACUAAGAUUGUACGAAA